AGGGUGGUACAAUAGCCCUGUUAUGCCGUAAUGCGGAGAGCUUGCUGCUAACUCUGGGAAAUACUGUCCCCCAAAAAAUACCGUUUUACUAAGAGUCUGCGGUGUUUUAUAUGUGAGGAAUUGGGUGAUAGAAAUCACGAGUCUCAGUAAGCUGCAGAAUUUACCGCUGCCCCAAGGGAUGAGAGGAGGUUGGUUGGAGUGCACCAGAGGGAGACUUUGUGACGUGACAUUUAUGGAUACGUCAGGAUGAAACGGCUCAGGUCUUCAAGCAGCAGUGACAGUUCUGACAAUGAGAGUCCUUCCACCUCAUUCUGCUCCUCCAACAAGUAUGGAAGCAAACCUGGAACCCCUGCUCCCAUGCCCAAGAAACCAGCAGAGGUGUUCAGGAAAGACCUGAUCAGUGCCAUGAAGCUGCCAGACUCUCACCAUGUCUCCCCUGAAGACUAUUACCUGCUGGGGGACACCUGGAGACAGGAGUGGGAGAAGGGGGUGCAGGUGCCCGCCUUCCCUGAAACCAUCCCACACGCCUCUAUCAGGAACAUAGCAGAGAAGCCUCAGGAGGUGUUGUUCACCCUACAGAAGAGGUAUAUCCAGUGUUGGAGUCAGGCCUCGACAGAGACGGGUUACGUUAACAUCAAGGAGCUGGCCGAGGCCAUGUGCUCUUAUGACCUGGAUAACAUGGACCUCUACUGGUUGCAGGCACUCAACGCUGAGCUGGGACACAUGGGGGAGGGGCCUGUAGACGAGCUGACAAUGGAGCGCACCAUGGAGGCAUUGGAGCGUCAUUGCCAUGACAACAUGAACCAUGCCAUCGACACCGUAGAAGGGCUGGGCAUCGAGUACGACGAGGAUGUCAUCUGUGACGUGUGUCGCUCCCCCGACAGCGAGGAGGGCAACGACAUGGUCUUCUGUGACAAAUGUAACAUCUGUGUUCAUCAGGCGUGUUAUGGUAUAGUGAAGGUGCCAGAUGGUAACUGGCUGUGCAGGACGUGUGUCCUGGGCAUCGACCCCCAGUGUCAGCUGUGCCCCAUCAAGGGAGGGGCGAUGAAGGCUACGAGGGCGGGCACCAAGUGGGCACACGUCAGCUGUGCCCUGUGGAUCCCUGAGGUGAGCAUAGCUUGUCCAGAGAGGAUGGAGCCCAUCACCAAAGUGUCUCACAUCCCCCCCUCCCGCUGGUCUCUCAUCUGCAGCCUCUGUAAACUGAAGACUGGUGCCUGUAUACAGUGCUCAGUGAAGAACUGCACCAUCCCGUUCCAUGUGACGUGUGCCUUCGAGUACAGCCUGGAGAUGAAGACUGUCCUGGAUGAAGGAGACGAGGUGAAGUUCAGGUCCUACUGCCUGAAGCACAGCAAGCCCAAGAACCAGGCCUCCUCCGACCCACCAGCCCCCGGCCUCAGCCCCUGUCAGCCAGCCCACAACAAGCAGUCCAAGGCAGGGGAGCCAGGCUCCGGUCUCAGUCCGGCCCGGCCCAAACCCCCAGUAGACCCAGAGAGGGGGGGCCUGAGGGCCCAGAGGUUACUAGAACUAGAGGAGGAGUUUUCUACUCUGAUUCACCCUGAGGAGCUGGCCCUGAACCUGGGCCUCCCUCCCAGCCUGCUGGACUUCAUCUACCAGUACUGGAAACUGAAGAGGAAGAGCAACUUUAACCGUGCUCUGCUGCCCCCUAGUGAGGAGGAGGGUAACCUGCUGCUGUUGCCUCAUGAAGACAGCAUCCACACACGGAUGAGGAUGUUCAUGCACCUCCGACAGGACUUAGAGAGGGUGAGGAACCUGUGUUACAUGGUGAGUCGGAGGGAGAAGCUGAAACUGUCUCAGAGCAAGGCCCAGGAGCAGAUCUUCAACCUCCACGUCAAACUGCUCAACCAGGAGAUCUCCGCUGGUCUGCCGGUGGACAGCAUGUUGUUCCGGCCUCCUCCCAGAAUCACCCUGAAGCUGAAGAUGCCCAAAGUGUCGCUGGGUAAUGGGAAGACCGGCUCCAAGUCAGGCAACGGCCCUCUCUGUCCAGAUAACAGCGGGAAUGUUCACGAACGUAGUGGGGGAGGGAAGGGGCUGGGGAAGGAGGGAGGGGGCCUGGGAGGGGGGCUGGGAAAGGGUAAGGGGGGAGGGUUGGGUAAAGGAGGAGGGAAGCCUCUGCUCCAUGGGCGAGGCAGGAGAGAGGAGCGCUCCAAUGGCAGUCUACUGUCAACCUCUACCUCAGGUCAGUCAUGUAGAGAGAGCAGUACCACCACUGGACCAGCACUGACCAACAGCAUGCCCAGAGGCUCAGCCCUGCCUAUCAAAUCUACUGGCAAGCCCCUGACUGGCAAAAGCUUAACGGGUAAACCCCUGGUGCUCCACGGCCAUUCCUCCAAUGGAAAUGUUAAACUGGACCCAGACCGAGCUGGCCACAUCCCCAAAUCCAACGGAGUGAUGGAGAAGAUGGUGGGCGUGACCCAGAAGGACACUGCCUGUCAGACCCCCAGUGAACAGGAAGCUGGUGUGGGGUCAGGGGGCAAGGGCAGCCAGUCAGCCAGCUUCAGGAGGUCAACCAUAGAGCACUUCAGCCGGUCAUUCAAGGAGGCGACAGUCAGUUUGGUGCGGACCACGGAGGACCUGCGGGGGGACAAGGUGUCCCAGGGGGGUAAAGGCUCCAGAUCAGCCCAGGACCGGCCCUGGGCCAAACCAGCUCCUGGAGGCCCCCAGGGACUCGGAGGUACCAGACCAGCCCAGGACCGACCCUGGGCCAAACCAGCUCCUGCAGGCCCCCAAGGAGCCUGUGGUACCAGAUCAGCCCAAGACCGACCCUGGGCCAAACCAGUUCCUGCAGGCCCCCAAGGAGCCAGUGGUACCAGACCAGCCCAGGACCGACCCUGGGCCAAACCAGCUCCUGCAGGCCCCCAAGGAGACAGUGGUACCAGACCAGCCCAGGACCGACCCUGGGCCAAACCAGCUCCUGCAGGCCCCCAAGGAGCCAGUGGUACCAGACCAGCACCCUACCAGGAGACAGACGGAUACUGCCCUGACCUGGAGCUCAGUGACUCGGAGCCAGAGGCUCAAGGUCAGAGGUGGAGGCAGGGUAGGGGUGACUCGGGGGGCCAGGCAGGAGGAGACUACAGCAGGGGGAACAGCAGAGGGAAGCAGGGCCUGGGGGGGUCCAGUAGAACCUCAGCACAGAGGUGACAACCCUGACCCCUCACCUACUGUAGACACUGGCCCCAGCUCUGUCAUCGCUCUGUCAUUCCCUCUCUGACCACUGGAGCCCUGACCAGCCAUAGAGCAGCAGGGGCCAAUCGCAGCCAUCUAUUGGUAAACUGGGACAUCUAUCGGUCAACUGGGACCUGGGCCCCCUACACUGGCUGGGGCAUCUAUCUAUUGGUCAACUGGGACCAGGGCCCCCUACACUGGCUGGGGCAUCUAUCUAUUGGUCAACUGGGACCAGGGCCCCCUACACUCGCUGGGGCAUCUAUCUAUUGGUCAACUGCGACCAGGGCCCCCAACACUGGCUGGGGCAUCUAUAUAUUGGUCAACUGGGACCAGGGCUCCCUACACUGGCUGGGGCAUCUAUCUAUUGGUCAACUGGGACCAGGGCCCCCUACACUGGCUGGGGCAUCUAUCUAUUGGUCCGCUGAGACACAUACAGACAGGAGCAAAGGACCGAUGCAUGGCGGGCGUCCUCGCCCAGAUCAUCACCUCAAUGGGACUCCGCCGUGUGUCCUCCUCUUACGGAUCCUCUCUCUCUCUCCAUGCUCGCUGUGAGCGGAGCAGUGUUGUACUGUCUUCUGAGAUUAAACGACUUGUCGGUUUA